CGGAGACGCGGCCAGCCUCCCCCUCACCCGCCGCCGUGCGUGCUUGGGCUGCCUCGAGUUUCCGCAUACGGAGCGUGGAGUGGGGACAGCGGAGUGUCUUUGCGCACAUUCCCCGGUUCGUUUUUUUUCUUCUUCUUCUUCUUCUCCGGAUGCAUAUUUUCCGACAAAGAAAAGAAGUGUGACUUUGGAGCUCUCGUCUCAUUGUUUGCGCGAGAGCUCUCCCCGGCGCAGCUCCUGUCAUCUCCACAGGCAACUAGAGACAAUUACAGAAAUAUGGCACCUCUCCGUGGUUAUGCCAUGUAAGGAGGCUUUUCAUCCCUUUCCCCCCUACAACAAAAGUCGGUGUGUUUAGGCGUUGGUGACGUUAGAAGAGGGGCUGAGGGUAAAGAGAGAUUUUUUUUUUAAAAGCCUGUGGGUAAAAUGGAAGUUUUGUCCGUCGGCUUGGUCCGCUGAGGCUGCUGCUGCUGCUGCUGCUGCUGCUGCUGCUGCUGCUGGUGAUGGUUUGGUGAUUGGUGCAGCGUGGAAACUGCGUCGCCAAGUCUGAAAGGCUGGGAAUCACGGGUCAUUCCAACAGGACGCGCUUUUCAAGAGAUCGAGCUUCUCCCCCAACCCCCCUGACGCCAUCGAAUGGUUGCAGAUUGGUCCAUCUGAAUGUGCGGCUGCGUCCUCGGCUGAGAGGUUUCUCCUUUUGGCUUUAACGCAAACCGACGCGUGGAUGCGGGUUGUUUUCUCUGCGGCUCUCCGUUUGCCCACAUUAUGAUUUAAUGUUGGGAGGGAUUUCAACAGGGUGCCAGUCCGUGCCAACCCGGGAAUCGCCACCCAUUGUCCUCAGCGACGAGAUAAAACAUAUAUUGAGAAAGGGAUUAAAGGGAAUUUCCUAGACCGCCCUGCAGAUGGACUAAAAAAACAAGCUUCGGAUUUUAACUCAUUUGGCUCUCGUUUAGAGAGCUUUGGUUCUCUGUUGCUUUUUGGACGAGGUGUAUCUGGACAACAUGAAAGUUAUCUCUGCUCUGAUGCUCGUUGCCGUUUUUUGGAGCCAGGAGCUGAAGUCGGCGUCCUCGGAUUCAAUCAUCCACAUCGGCGCCAUCUUUGACGAGUCGGCACGGAAAGACGACGAGGUGUUUCGUCUCGCCAUCGCAGACCUCAAUCUGAACAACGAGAUCCUGGAGACGGAGAAGAUCACGUUCUCCGUGGAGUUCGUCGAUGGGAACAACCCCUUCCAGGCAGUGCAGGAAGCCUGUGAGCUGAUGAACCGUGGUAUCCUGGCUCUGGUCAGCUCAAUUGGCUGCAUGUCUGCGGGCAGCCUCCAGACUCUGGCCGACGCGAUGCACAUCCCCCACCUCCUCAUCCAGCGCUCCCCGGCGGGAACGCCUCGCUCCGACUGCUCCCCGACCAGUCGCUUCCCCGGAACAGAUGACUACACCCUAAUGGUCCGCCCACCCGUCUAUCUCAAUGAGGUCAUCAUGCAAGUGGUGUCCGAGUACAGCUGGCAGAAGUUCAUCCUCUUCUAUGAUUCUGAAUUUGAUAUCCGCGGCAUUGAGGAUUUCCUGGACCGGACCUCUCAGCAGGGAAUGGACGUUUCUCUUCAGAAGGUGGAAUCCAACAUCAACAUGAUGAUCACCAGUCUGUUCAGAACCAUGCGUGUGGAAGAGCUGCAUCGCUACCGGGACACGCUACGCAGAGCCGUGCUCUUCAUGAGCCCGGCCACUGCCAAGGCUUUCAUCACUGAGGUGGUGGAGACCAACCUGGUGGCCUUCGAUUGUCACUGGAUCCUGAUUAAUGAGGAAAUCUCAGACUACGACCUGCAGGAGUUGGUGAUGAAGUCGAUCGGUCGGUUGACGCUGGUGCGCCAGACGUUCCCCAUGCCUCAGAACACAACUCAGCGCUGUGUCAAACACAACCACAGGAUCAACACGUCCCUGUGUGACCUUAAGAACCCCAAGGCCCAGCAAUUGGAGAUCAGCAACCGCUACAUCUAUGAUUCUGUGUUGCUGCUGGCCAACACCUUCCACAGAAAGCUGGAGGACAGGAAGUGGCACAGCAUGGCCAGUCUGAGCUGCAUCAGGAAGAACUCCAAACCCUGGCAGGGAGGCAAGAGCAUGUUGGACACUGUCAAAAAGUUUGGAGUCAGCGGCCUCACCAGCUUUCUGGAGUUCACCGACAACGGCACGAACCCCAACAUCUUCUUCGAAAUCCUGGGAACAAAUUAUGGAGAGGACAGGGGCCGAGGAGUCAGCAGGCUGGCGACGUGGGACCCAGUUCACGGCUUGAACGGCACACUGACGGACAGGAAAUUGGAAAACAACAUGAGAGGAGUGGUGCUGCGAGUCGUGACAGUUCUGGAGGAGCCGUUUGUAAUGGUGUCCGAGAAUGUUCUGGGAAAGCCCAAAAAGUACCAGGGCUUCUCCAUCGACGUCCUGGACGCCCUGUCCAACUACCUGGGCUUUAAGUACGAGAUCUACGUCGCUCCAGACCACAAAUACGGCAGCUUGCAGCCUGAUGGUCAGUGGAACGGACUGAUGGGUGAAUUGGUCUUCAAGCGAGCCGACGUGGGACUUUCCGCCCUGACCAUCACGUCCGAGCGGGAGAGCGCCGUGGACUUCACCACGCGCUACCUGGAUUAUUCAGUGGGCGUUCUGCUGCGCAAGGCCGAGCGCACCGUUGACAUGUUUGCUUGCCUGGCGCCCUUCGACCUGUCUCUGUGGGCGUGCAUCGCCGGCACCGUGCUCCUCGUCGGCAUCCUGGUGUACCUGCUCAACUGGCUCAACCCACCCCGGCUCCCCAUGGGCCCCGUGUCCUCCACCACGCUGUACAAUUCCAUGUGGUUCGUGUACGGCUCCUUUGUACAACAAGGUGGCGAGGUCCCCUACACCACUCUGGCUACAAGGAUGAUGAUGGGCGUCUGGUGGAUGUUUGCUCUUAUCGUCAUCUCCUCGUAUACGGCUAAUCUAGCUGCCUUCCUUACCAUCUCGCGCAUAGAGAACUCCAUACAGUCCCUGCAGGACUUGUCCAAGCAGACGGAUUUGCCUUACGGUACGGUAUUGGACUCUGCCGUUUACGAUCAGGUGCGCUCCAAAUCCAUGAACCCCUUCGAGAGAGAUCCCAUGUACUCCCAGAUGUGGCGGAUGAUUAACCGCACCGGAGGAGGAGAUAAUAACGUGGAGGAGUCCAAAGAAGGCAUCCGCAAGGUGAAGUACGGGCGAUUUGGCUUCGUGUGGGACGCAGCGGUGCUGGAGUACGUCGCCAACAACGACGAGGACUGCUUGUUCUACACGGUCAGCAGCAAUGCACCGGACCGCGGGUACGGGAUCGCCAUGCAGCACGGCAGCCCCUACAGGGACAUUUUCUCCCAGAGAAUCCUGGAGCUGCAGCAGAACGGUGACAUGGACAUCCUGAAACUCAAGUGGUGGCCCAAGGACAGCCCCUGCGACCUCUACAGCUCGCUGCAGACGAGGCAGCGCGGCAACGCUCUGGACAUCCACAGCUUCGCCGGCGUCUUCUGCGUGCUGGCAGCCGGCGUGGUGCUCUCCUGCCUCAUUGCCAUGGUGGAGAGCUGGUGGUCACGGAGGAAGGGAUCCAGGGUCCCCUCCAAGGAGGACGAUAAGGAGAUCGACCUGGAACACCUACACCACCGGGUUAACAGCCUGUGCACCGAUGACGAAAGCCCCCACAAGCAGUUCUCCACCUCUUCCGUCGAUCUGACGCCCCUCGACAUGGAUGCGCUGCCCGCCGCGCGCCAAGCCCUCGAGCAGAUCAGCGACUUCCGCAACACCCACAUCACCACGACCACCUUCAUCCCCGAGCAGAUCCAGACCCUCAGCCGCAGCCUGUCGGCCAAAGCCGCCGCUGGCUUCUCCGCUGGUUUCGGUAGCGGCGGUGGCGGCGGCGGGGGGGGCAUCAUGCACGACCACCGGACUGGCGGGGUGGGCCCUUUCAGGCAGAGGGCCCCCAACGGCGGAUUCUUUCGCAGCCCCAUUAAAACAAUGUCCUCCAUCCCCUACCAGCCCACAGGUCCAGGACCCAACUUUGGAUAUGGCAAUGACCCAGACCGGGGCACUUCUAUAUGAGUGGUUGCCUAGGAUACGAGCGAUUCAGGAGGAGGAGGGGCAGAAGGAGGCAUGGUGGUUAGGGUUGGUCAUGGGGUGGUAAAACAGAUACAUUAUGGCUAAGCUAGAAGUCGGAGGAUAGAACAUGUGUACAUAGGAAUGUUUGUGUUUUCAGUUUCUGCUCCGCUGUUUCCAGGGGUGCCCGUUUUGUUUGUGGAGAAGACGAGGGGGGGGUGACGGCCUAUCGGGCCGCUCCUCAUCUUUGUGAAAACCGUGCUGGUGAGGUGCAAAAAGGGGACGGACCGGUUUGAAUCUUUGCUUCAUUGUUGUUGUUCUUGUGAUUGUUUUGGCGAUUGUUUGG